AUGGAUGAAUCUAUUGCAUUGUUAUUCAAUAAUGCUAUACAAAAGAUAUUCAGUCAGAGUUCAAGAAAGAAUUUGGUGCUGAGAGAAGCAUGUAAAUCUGCACAAGAUGCAAUCAGAGAUUCACCUAUAUUCACUUCUUCUAUUGAACAGAAGAAUCAUAUACCUGAUAGUGAAUGGGAGAUAUUAGGUAAUAAAUUGGUGAAUCCAAUGAAAUUGGCAUGUGAAACAAGAGAACCUAAAAUAAUGAUUGCUGCAAUUGAUUCAUUGGAUAAAUUGAUUGCAUAUGGUAUUGUUAAACCAAGUUCCUACGAGGAAGUACCGCCACAAUUCACUGGUGAGAAGAAAAAACUGAUAGAGAAAAUCGUUGAUACCAUUGGACAGUAUUAUAGUUAUCUAGAUGACAGUGUUCAAUUACAAAUCAUUAGAGCAUUAUUGACAGCAGUGAUUUCACCUCAUAGUGAAGUACAUGAUUCAUGUUUGAUGAGUGCAAUUAGAGCAUGUUAUAAUAUCUAUUUAAUUAGUGACAGCUUGAAUCAUAAUCAACCGAAAUCGACCAAUACAAUCACUGCAAAGAAUACACUUUUCCAAAUGGUAGAUUUUGUACUAUCUAGAUUCGAAUCUUCAAGUCAACAGAAAAUAUUAUUACCAAAACAUUCAUCAUCUCUACCUAUAUCAUCAUCAUCAUCAAGUAAUAAUAACAACAAUGGUAAUAGUAAUAGUAGUCAAUCAAAUGGAAGUAAUAAUAGUAAUAGUAAUAAAGAUAAUAUAAAAUAUACAGAAGAGGAGAGAGCACAUAAAGAAGCGUUUUGUAAGUUGUCGACAAAGGAGAUACCCGACAAUGCAAAAGCAGAUUCACAAGAGGUCAGAAGUAAGAUAUUGUCGUUGGAGUUGCUCGCCAGAAUUCUAGAGAAUCCAUUGCCAUCGCUAAAGCUGUCGGAGAAGUUUAUUAAUACUUCGAUCAAGCGUAAUCUCUCGGUGACGCUACUCUCGAAUGGCGCCAGUGACAACCUGCCAGAGUUCAAGCUGACACUCUCGAUGUUCUCGUCGUUGAUCAUCCACUUCAAGGAGCAUCUGAAAGAGGAGAUCGGUACGUACUUCUCGCGGAUCAUACUCCACACGCUGGCAUCGUCGUCGAGCGUGCGCAAGAAGUGGCUCGUUCUGCCGACACUCUACGAGAUCUGCAAGAAUCCUCAGACGAUCGUCGAUAUCUUUGUCAACUACGAUUGCGACCCUGAGAGAAAAGACAUCUUUGAGAAGAUGGUCUAUGAGUUGUCGCGUGUCGCUCAAGGCGCCAACAUCUCUGGCAGCGGCGCCAGCGGUGGAAUCAGCGCCAACGACCGUUCGUCCGCGCAGAUCCAGCAGGAGGAAGCGAAAUGUAAGAAACUCGGACUCGAGUGUAUCGUCACAAUCAUGAAUUCGCUCGUCGAUUGGAGCAAGGAGAUCUAUGAGAGCAAGAGAAUCGAGCAACAGACACGCGCCAACGCAACGCUAAUGGCCAAUAACAACAGCAGCAGCAAUGACGAUGAACCAGAUACAUCGGACACAUUGAUCAACGGAAAUAUAUCACCAUUGAAAUCGAGCAUCGAUGAGACACAACGCAACAUCCUACUGGAACAAGGCAAACAGAAAUUCAGCAGCCACCCAAAAAAAGGCAUCGAAUUUCUCACACAAUGUGGAUUACUUAAAGAAACACCCACUGACAUUGCAGAGUUCCUCAGACAAUCGGAUUUCGAUCAAAAGAAAAUCGGUGAAUAUCUAUGUUCCCACAUUCAUUCAUUUCCAAACAAAUUACUCUAUGUAUUAUAUAAAUUUAUAGAUACCUUUGAUUUUAAGAAUAUUGAUAUUGAUCAAGCUUUAAAGUCAUUAUUAACAUGUAUACAAUUAAAUGGUGAGAAUCAAGCAAUUGAUAGAGUUGUUGAAAAGUUUGCCGAGAAAUAUUUCAAUGACAAUCCUGAAUCUAUUUAUUCAAAUGCAGAAUCAGUUUAUUUAUUAUCAUAUGGAAUCAUUAUUCUAUCAACAGACUUACACAACUCUUCUAUUAAAUCGAAAUUAACAAAGGAGGAAUGGCUAAAGAUGAAUUCGAAAUCAAACAACAAGAAUGAUUACAAAGAGGAUUUCCUUGUUGGUAUCUACGAUAGAGUAUCACAGGAAUCUUAUAAAUUGGGUUGCAAUACCAAUGAAGAUGCAGAGUUUUUAGAUACACAAGAACGUUUAUUAAGAUUCAAUAGAGAUAGUGAUUACAUUGUAAAGCAAUGUCAGGAACUGAUGAAGACAAGAAUUUCGAAAAAGACAACUUUUUACAGGGCAAGAAACAUUGAACAUGUUCGUCCGAUGUUUUUGCUUUCCUGGUGUUAUGUUCUCUCGACGCUCUCGGUGAUACUGGAUGACACCAAAGAGAAAAAGUUGAUAUCGCUGUGUCUCGAUGGUUUCUCUGCGGCGAUUCGUGUCAGUUCGACCACCGAUGGCAACUACUUGCAGGAUUCGUGGACACCGAUUCUCAAGACCAUUUGUAUUCUUGAGCGUCUACACUUGAUUGACACGUCAAAGACGACGUUGUCGCCGUCGGCCACGUCGCCAUCGGCAUUCCCAUCGGUUGUGGAAUUCUCACAAAACUCGCUGCAAAAUCAAAUCAAAAAGCUGUUGGAGGAGAAUCCAAAGGAUUUGAUAUUCGAUUCGAUUCAAGUCGAGCGAAUCUUUACCAACACUGUGUAUCUAUCGGACGAUUCGAUUGUUACUUUUGUCAGAUGUCUCUGUGAGGUGUCUGAGGAGGAGAUUAGCCACUACUCGCGCAGCUACAGUCUUAUCAAGUUGGUUGAGGUGAUCGAGUACAAUCUGAAGAGGAGAAUACGUUUGGUUUUCUAUAAUAUCUGGGAGAUUGCUGUCAGUCACUUCACCAAGAUCGGAUCGCAUCAGAAUAUUGAGAUUGCGCUGCACGCUAUCGACUCGCUCCGACAGCUCGCCUCCAAGUACAUGGAGAAGGAGGAGAUGUCGCAUUUCAACUUCCAGAACGAGUUUCUCAUGCCGUUUGAAACGAUCAUGUUGAACAAUCAGGUGCCACAGAUUCGUGAGUUGAUCAUCCGUUGCAUUUCACAUUUGGUACUGUCGAAGGCUCAGAAUAUAAAGUCUGGCUGGCAGACCAUUCUCAACGUGCUCACCAUUGGAUCGCGUGUUAGCUACGAACCGAUUGUAGUGUUGGCAUUCCAGUCGGUCGAACAAAUACUGACACACUGCUUUGGUUGCAUCGAAGACAACUUCUUUGUUGACACUGUCAAUUGUUUGACUUCUUUCUCCAACCCACAAGUACUCUUCCCAGACAUCUCAAUACGUUCACUCCAACAAUUAGAUAUGUUAACCAAGAAGAUACUUCCACCACCACAACCAGCAGCAACAACCGUCAACAAUGAAAGUGAAAAAACAAACAACAACAUUAAUCAUAAUCACCAGCAUUUUAGUCAAAAGAUAGAGUCACAACUUUUACCUAUUAUUCAAGGUUUUGCAACACCUAUCACUCAUGAGAAUGAGAGUGUAAGGUCACUAUCAUCAAAUUUAUUAUUCAAGUUAUUAAAUCAGUAUGGAUCACAAUUUACAGAUGCAACAUGGUCAUAUGUCAUCAAUAGUAUUUUACUAAAGGUAUUCAAAUCUGUUAUUGAUCUUCAAAAGCAGACACCAUUCACUGAUUUCGAAUAUAUGUGGGUAAGACAAACUUGUCCAUCUAUUCUAAUAGAAACUAUCAAUUUGUUGAGUGGACAACAUGUCCAAUUGUGUAAAUUCUAUUCUACCUUUAUGAAUCUAUUGGAAAAAUUCAUUUGUAAUUCUAAUCAACCAAUUUCAAUUUUGGGAUGUGAGUAUCUAUGUAAGUUUAUUCAGAAAUGUGCAGUCUAUUUCACUGAGGAACAUUGGAGUUUGACUUCCGACACCAUUGGAAGAGUUAUCAAGCAUCUGGUAGUCAAGGAUCCAACCGCAUCACAAUUCUGCUCACAAAUCGUUAAAUACUGGUCAUUCGUUUACUGCCUCACCAAAUUCAACUCGUCCACCGAUUCAAACGGUGUCCAAGUACCAAGCCUUAACGAAACCAACUCACUCUCUUGUCUACUCAACUUUUUAUUCCAUAUGUUCUUAAAUGAAUCAUAUCCAGAUAGACAACAAGAGAUUCAAUUAUUUUUAAAUAGUUUGUGUGCUGAUAUUUUGAAAGAUGUAUCACAACAAAUCAAACCACCUGCUAAUAUGGUAUCGAUUGUCCGUCAGAUCACCGAUGGCUUCAAUGAAUAUAAUUAUGAAAAUCAGUUCAAGAAGCAUAUCCCUAUGCUGUAUCCACACUUGAUAGAUUUGACAAUUAUCGAAAACUAUGAUAUAAGAAUGUGUAUACUAUCAAUAUUCAAUAGAUUCGGUAAAGAUAUUCCAUCAAUUACCGAAAUCCAAGAACCCACUCCACUUCCUUUGGAACCGAUUUCCGCCAUCAAGGCAAAACCUGAGGAACCAGUUGUACAGUUGAAUCCAGUCAGUGAAGCAGUUGUUGAGCAAAACCACGAACAAUCAACUCAAAAGGAGGAGAAUGAAGUGGAACAACCAGCACAGCCAAAAGAAGAACCUGAACAACAAGUUGUUGACGCCACACCAAUCGAAGCCACUGAAGAUCUCAAUGAAGAGGAGUUGAAUCACAACCACGCUGAAGAGGAUAUGACUAAACUCAUCGAAAUGAAAGAGGAAAUCAUUGAUGAACCCAUCGAUCAAGUUGUUGUUAAGGAAUCAAUCGAAAUCGAGAAUGGUGAGCAAGAUCCUAUUGAGAUGACCACAGAAAAUAACGAAACACAAAAUCAAAACAAUGAAGAGAAUGUAGAAAGCGAAGAUAUUUUAUAA